UGUAGCUGCAUAGAUAUACAUUACCUAACUAACUAAUGUAAGGCAACUUCCUUACAGUAGAGGAAGACCAAUUUUAACUUUUGCAUUUGUGUAUUUUGGAAAAUGAGGAAGUAGACAAUCAUGCUUACAGUCCACUGGUUCAUGUCAAUUUGUGACAUUUUUGACUCUUAUCGACAUGGCUGUUCAUCUCUGCUUUUUUCUCAUCAUCUCUGCACUAACAGGAAUUCACAGCAUAACAACAGUCAGUAAAGUGCCAGUGAAAGCUGGAGAUCCAGUUUCUAUUCCAUGUCUCUAUGGCUCACAAUAUGUCAACCAUGUGAAAUAUUUGUGCAGAGGAUAUUACUGGAACCAUUGCUCAUAUGCAGUUAAAACAAACCGAGAAAAUUCAGGAAAUUUUUUAAUCUCUGAUGACAAAAUCCACAGAAUCUUCACUGUGACUAUAAAAGGCCCGAAAGAUAAAGAUUACUGGUGUGCUGUGGAGGUUAAUGGAGGGUCAGAUGAUGGAGCGUAUUUUCACCUGUCACUCACUAGUGGUAAACCCAGUCUAUAUGUGGAUCGUCAGGAGAUGACAGGAUUUAUUGGAGACAACAUAACCAUCAGCUGUCACUACAGAAACUCUGUAGUGACAGAUAUAAAGUGGUGCAGGCUUGGCAGCUCCUGUGUGACAAGUUCAUCUGGAUCAAUACAUGGAACAAGAGUGACUGUCAUCAGGAGUGUCCCCAAUGUUUACAAUGUGACUAUGAGUGGACUGAAGACGGAGAGCAGCGGCUGGUAUUAUUGUGUGAAAGGAGACUUACAAGUGCCAGUGCAUUUAACUGUUAAUGAGAAAAACACCACCAACCAGACACUUAGCACAGGUCAGGGUAAACAAAGGUCAGAUGCCUUUUUAUUUGCAUACAACUACAGUACAGUGUUGGAAUGUCUAAACAAGUCUGUUCAUUUUAAUCCAUUUGCACUGUGUACUUUAAAUGUAUAUAGCAGAUCUCCAGGAGACCUAACGCAUUUGAUCAUCCCCCUGGGUUUGCUGAUCUUCAUUGCAAUGGUGGCUUUGUUCAUCUGGUUUAUGCUCAGAAGAUACAAGCAGACCAAAGCAGAAUCAUUAGCCAGAACAACGGCUAAAGAGGAAGUAACAUACAAUACUGUUAAGGCUGACGAGGAAGUAACAUACAGCGAUGUUAAGUACAUGAAAAAAACUUCAGAUAAGAGGUCAGAUGUUAAGAGUGAUGAGGACGUGACGUACAGCUCUGUGGUUACUGUUCAACACCAAACUGUAUAAAAGGUUAAAGGAAAAGAUGAGGAUAUAACACACAGCAGUUUGGCUCAGCACCAGCAAAAGCUGUAAAUGUCAUCCCCACCCUACAUCUCAACCACUUAUAAAAGGUUGAGAGCAUCUUUAGUGGCUACGGAGCCUGCAGGAGAAAUGUUAUGACCCUGUUUUUUUGUUUUUGAUUUUAGUCUGUACUUUUGUCAUGAACAUUGAUGUUUCUUAAGUGCUGAUUUAAAAUGAAUGAUGAUGUAUAUUCAGCUCCUCUGGUUGAUACACCUCUUUCCUGAUGUUAUUUUCUUUUUGUGUUUUCAUAUGUUGUGUUUGCUUUUAACUUUGCAUGUGUGUCUACGCUAUACAUGUAGAUUAAACUUUAAAUAGUGCACAGAUGUAUUCUUUGUGGCAGUAGAUGUAAAAAUGAAUAUUAUAUAAAAGUUGUUAUAAUCUUACUUUAAGCCCAAUUAGAGCAAUGUAUGUUAUUUAAACAUUUUCCAAGACUCCCCUGGAAGAUUCUAAUAAAAUGUUGUUUUUAACAAAAAAACCAAAACAUUUUGUUUGCACCUUCACUGAAGAGGAAGGACAAUGCUGCAAUAUUUAGCACGUAAGUAAAAAGAGGUAGCACUAUAUCACUGACAUCCUAAUUUGCGCUACCCAGUAUUAGUAGACAAAA